CUCAUUAUUUUUACCCUAUCUGAGAUACCAGGACGGAGCACGGUUUUAUCGAAAUGUGACGAAUCAUCUUCACUUUUAACUUUCUGCUGUUGUCGUAGAGCUGGGCAUGAUCCAGUGCCGUGUACUUGAUACUGGUCCACUUUAACUUAGAGUUACCACCGAGUACGACUCCUAUCUUUGUCUGUUAUCGAGCCGCGGUUCGACAUUAGCUCAGGGGAAAUCAACUAUUUAAAUCAUUCAUAUUUCUGGUUUGUCAUUCGAGCAGCCUCUUGCUGCCUUCACUGACAUGGCUACUAAUCCUCCGGGACAAGCCUUCCCAAACAAGGCCCGGGUGGCUAUCCUGGCUGAACUGGAGAAGGAGAGGAGGCGGCUGCUACAGAGUCAAUCCAUGAACACUCCUGGAGCCAGCAUUCCACUGUCCAGACCAAGUCUGAAGGAGUUCAGGGACAACGCAGAACAGCAGCACAUCGCUGCUCAGCAGAAAGCUGCCUUACAGCAUGCACACACACAUUCAUCAGGUUUCUUCAUCACCCAGGACUCCUCGUUCGGGAAUCUAAUCCUCCCUGUCCUUCCUCGCCUGGAGCCCGAGUCAUGACAUUUUAUCCCAGAUCUGGCCUGCUGCUGCCCCUGGUGUAAGACAAAUCUUUGGGACAACAUCAGUCCACACCAGACAACCAGUUUAUCCUUUUGGGCCAGACAUCAAUGGAUAGCUGUACUGCUCUCAGUGGAAUAUGAAUCUGUCGUUUUUACAUUUUCCAGACCAUCAAGCUGGCUGCUGAUUUAAGGCAAGCUUUCCAAAGAGUCGGAAGAAGGUUCCAGAUGGCUAUGUAACAUCCUGCUAAGUUUACCAGGGACUCAUAACAAACUUCAGAAAUGCAAUAAAGACUAUCCUGACCUGCUACCUGUCAUGGCGAUCAUACAGCUUUCCAAAAAAUGCAAAAUGCAUCAGAUUGUUAUGAGCUCCAAUUGUUUUGUACUCAUAAUAUUAAUAAUAAAAAAAAAUUAAAAAAUAA